AUGGCCGGUGCUCUAAGCAAGCGCCAGCAGGCUCGCAACGAAAAGACUCUGCAGGACCUCGUCCAGAAUGUCCCCGGGAACAACCAGUGCGCCGACUGCCAGGCGCGUAACCCAGGCUGGGCAUCAUGGAGUUUGGGCAUCUUUCUGUGCAUGCGAUGCGCGUCGAUCCAUCGCAAGCUAGGCACACACAUUUCCAAGGUCAAGUCGCUCAGCAUGGACGGCUGGUCAAACGAGCAGGUCGAGAAUAUGAAAAAGGUCGGAAACAUCACGUCCAACAAGCUAUACAACCCUGACAAUAAGAGACCUCCGAUUCCGGUCGAUGCCGAUGAAGCCGAUUCUGCGAUUGAACGGUACAUUCGAUCCAAGUAUAUGAACCAAGGUUUCGCGGCCGCAAGAAGGCACCAUACCGGAAGCACGACAUCUGACGAAACGCCUCCUCCUCUACCACCGAAAAACACGGGGAAGUUCAGCUUCCGUUCUGCUUCAUCGACAUUCCCGCUCUUCUCGAGAUCGAAGAAAGAUGUCGCCGCUCGAUCAGCACACUCAAGUCCGCUGCCUCCACAAAGUCCCGACUCGGGCCAUCGACCAAAGGUCUCCAAGGUUUUCGGUGCUAGCCUCGGCUACGACAGCGACGAUGACAUGCACAAAAAGCUGGCAAAGCUGCGGGAAUUAGGGUUCACAGAUGAUCGCAAGAACGAGGUCGUGCUCAAGGGCGUCAAUGGCAACUUGGAGAGGACAAUAGAGUCCCUUGUGCGGUUAGAAGGCCGAUCACCUUUGGCUAGCCCGACAGACGAGUUCCCAAGUGUUAUCCGGCCGCCAGCAUCCGCUGGCCGCAUCACUGGGUUGACAGUGUCCCGAGCAGAGACAGCAAGGCCCAUGUCCGCCUCGAACAAUCCUUUUGAUAUAUCUCCAGUCCAACCUAUAUCGAGCCAGUCGACGGGCAAUAUGGCAAAUCGGAAUCCGUACUACACCAACAAUCCGUUUGGUCUGACUGCUGCGCAGUCGAACGAUGCUUUGAAUCAAGCAUUCAACCAAAUGUCGCUCGGCGCUCCGCAACCGCUGUUCCCUCACCAUACUGGCGGCGUGCCUCAGCAGCAGCAGCAGUUGAUGAGCCAGCAGUCCAUGCAGCCACCGACACCCUCAAUACCCCAGAACUAUUCUGCCUCGGUGUUCGAUAGUAAUUAUGCACAGCCUCAGAAUGGACAGCAGCCAGGCCUGCAGCCCGCUCAACCACUACAGCCCAUGUAUACUGGUUACAACCCAUUUCUGACCAACUCUCAACCGCCGCCGCAACAGCAGCAGCAGCAGCAGCAGCAAGCUCAGCAACUCUCAUCCUUGAACACCAAUCUGAUGCCGACUCCUACAGGCGGUGCCUACGCCAACAAUCCAUUUGCGCGAUCUCCGACCCGAAUCGCCACGCCAACGUCGCUGGGGCAAAUUCCAGAGCAAAGCCAGCAGAACUUCUACAGCUCGCCUGUGCAAGCACACCCGCAUCAGCAACAGUACCAGCAGCAACAACAGCACACGCAACUGCUUCAGCAACAGCAAAUACAGCCCCAGCAACAGCCGCAAAUGAACAAUCCGUUCUUUGCGCAGACUGCGAUGGCUGCGCCGAUGCCACAGGCUCAGUUCAACCAGUUCAAUCACUUUGGUCAACCUGCGGCCCAACAAGCACCGCAGAGAGCAGACAAGGCAUCAAUCCUCGCUCUAUACAAUAUGCCGCAGUUUGCGCCUCAAACACAGAAUACCAGCCUUGACCAGCAGCAGCAGCAGCAGCAGCAGCCAGCGCAGCAGCCAGCACAGCAGCCGGGACUGACAUCAAUGAACCAGGUUCUGCAUGCUCAGAACCCGGUCAUGAACCAGGCAGAUGCGGCGGCCUCUGCUUCGACCGCGGGUAAUAAGAACCCUUUCCUCGCCGGGGGCGGGGCUCCACAGCCAGCUGCGGCACAGCCUUCAGGCAUGGACGGCGUGGUGGGCAACAGAAGCCGGGACAGCAUGAUGGCGCUUGGUAUGGAAUGGUCUAAUGGACGACACAGUCCCGACGCAUUUGCCAACCUCAGCGCAAGAUCGAUGCGGUGA